AUGUCUUUUAGGGAUGUCCUAGAAAGAGGAGAUGAAUUUUUAGAAGCCUAUCCCAGAAGAAGCCCCCUUUGGAGAUUUCUUUCAUACAGUACAUCAUUACUGACCUUCGGUGUAUCAAAACUGCUUCUUUUCACAUGCUAUAAUGUCAAAUUGAAUGGUUUUGAAAAAUUAGAAACUGCCUUGGAACGUUCCAAAAGGGAAAAUAGAGGCCUUAUGACGGUCAUGAACCAUAUGAGUAUGGUCGAUGAUCCGUUAGUUUGGGCAACACUACCAUAUAAGUUAUUUACGUCUUUGGACAACAUAAGAUGGUCUUUGGGUGCACAUAAUAUUUGCUUUCAAAAUAAAUUUCUGGCCAACUUUUUCUCACUUGGCCAAGUCCUUUCAACAGAAAGAUUUGGGGUGGGCCCAUUUCAAGGUUCUAUAGAUGCUUCAAUAAGAUUGUUAAGCCCUGACGACACUUUAGACUUGGAAUGGACCCCUCACUCUGAGGUCUCUUCUUCGCUAAAAAAAGCCUACUCCCCGCCCAUAAUAAGGUCGAAGCCAUCUUGGGUCCAUGUUUAUCCAGAAGGAUUUGUACUACAAUUAUAUCCGCCUUUUGAAAAUUCGAUGAGGUAUUUUAAAUGGGGUAUUACCAGAAUGAUCCUAGAAGCAACAAAGCCGCCCAUUGUAGUACCAAUAUUUGCUACAGGGUUUGAAAAAAUAGCAUCCGAAGCAGUCACAGAUUCAAUGUUUAGACAAAUUCUACCAAGAAACUUUGGCUCUGAAAUAAAUGUUACCAUAGGGGAUCCUUUAAAUGAUGAUUUAAUCGACAGGUAUAGAAAAGAAUGGACACAUUUGGUUGAAAAAUACUAUGAUCCCAAAAAUCCUAACGACCUCUCUGACGAAUUGAAAUAUGGUAAAGAGGCGCAAGAUUUAAGAAGCAGAUUAGCCGCUGAACUGAGAGCCCAUGUUGCUGAAAUUAGAAAUGAAGUUCGCAAAUUACCACGCGAAGACCCUAGGUUCAAAUCCCCCUCAUGGUGGAAGCGGUUCAACACCACGGAAGGUAAAUCGGACCCAGAUGUUAAAGUCAUUGGCGAAAAUUGGGCAAUAAGGAGGAUGCAAAAGUUUCUGCCUCCAGAGGGUAAACCAAAGGGUAAGGAUGAUUGA